UCAUAACACAAAAAUCAAAUAAAUUUUUAAGUAAUGUUCAUUUUCCCUUAUCCUACAGUUGUUUUAUUUUUUUUUUUCAAAUUAAAGCAAUAUUAAUGGUUAUUUAAACUUUACUGAAAAAGGUCUAAAUUUGAUAUAUCUAUAAGUUUUUUUAAUAUAAUAAACUUGUCAUCAAAUCAUUUAUGGGUUGCACACAAACUUUCUAUAUUGACAGCGAAGCGACUAGCUCAGCAAAAUCGUUUGACGAGUUCGAACAAAUUUGGAUGAAAAUGGGGGAUGAGUUAGAAAUGGAGGGCCUGGCAAAGCGGCCUUCCACUCCAACCCCAGAAAGUAAGAAAAAUCAGAAAGCAGAAACCGACAGUACAUCACACGUCCCUUUUGAAGGCUAUUCCCCAGCUCACGACUCCAACAGUCUGUCCAACUGGUCGGAAUGCCAGUUCAACGCCAAAGUGGAGGACUCAAUAUUAACAAACUUAAGGCGAACAAACCCGGGAAAAAUUCGUAAACUUGAGAAAAGAAUGAGAGAACCAGAAUUUAAACCACAGUUCGACCUUUUAAGAACCCUAUUGACUAGGGUGAUGUCUGAUUGUGAACAAAUUCAAAUUAUCUUCAACUUUGUUGAAGAUAAACUGAACAAAGUAGACAACCACACUAAAAGGGUUAAGUUCACAACUCUUUAGUUUUUGAUUGUUAGUGUACUGUUUACUGUUAUAUAUUCUCGGUGAACGAUUUUCGAUAACAACUUGUGACUUGCACUUUGUCAUGAUGUUUAUGCAUACUAAGCCAUUUAAAUUUGUACAUGUAUAGCAUCACAUUUUGUAUUGUUUUGUAAUCAAUGACAUUCUUCUGGACACUUGUAUUAUGUGUAUGAUCAGUGACACUGAGAACAUUAUGUACAUCGGUCAUAUAUAUAACUGUUUAAAACACAUUAAUUAUAUUAUUAUAAAAAAAGAUAAUGUUUAAAUUGUAUAUUUAUGUAUAUUGAAAUACCCCCGGGACCCUUGAUUGAGAAAUAAAAUAUCUUGUAUCUUGUACUAUCUCUGUUGUCUCUGGGUCUCCUGAUAACAAAAAGAUAUAGAGAAUCUCAAAACUUUGUAAAAAGUAUAACGAUAGUUUACUUACUGUAAAAGGUUGAGGAAUGGUGCUACCUCUGAUGCAAAAAACAAAAGUGAAGUGAAGGAAUGCUUCAAAUUUUGCACCUUUUAUACUGAAUAUUAAAGGACUGGCCCUACGAAAAACUGCGUU